AUGGAAUCGACAUCAUCCACACCAUCCGCAGCAGUGCUCGAUCAACCAUCCAAUUUAAAACCAAUCAUCCGAGAGAAGGGACUAGGUAUCUUGUCGGUCAUUCCCGAUAGUGGAAUUAUUGAAUUGAUCAUUCCGUACUUGAGCAAGUCAGAAAUUUGUCAAGUGGCACUCGUAUCAAAAACUUUUCUUGUACUGAGUGAAGAUGACAAGCUAUGGAGACAAUUGGUGUUAAACGAAUUUGAGGGCAAUUUUUGGUAUCAAUUUUGUUGGAAAUAUACCUAUAUCCACACGUGGUAUGCAAAGCAUCGACCCAAUGUAGAAUGUCCCUACAAGGGAUACACUUCCACACUUUAUACCCGAUGGUCUAGAAGUGGUUAUGAAAUGAAUCAAUUUGAAAUUCCCUUUUCACACAUUCAAAGAAUUUCUGCCGAUAGCAUUACCUACGAAGAAUUUUUGGAACGAUAUGCCAAAUUUCAAGUACCUGUCAUCAUUACUGGAGCUCUCAACACAUGGAAAGCAAUGGAAAAUUGGAAGUUUGAUAAAUUCUUGGAUAAGUAUGGAGAGGUAGAAUUCAAGACCGAUCAAGCAGUUUCACACUUGUAUCCUCAUUAUUCUGAACUGUAUCAACAAUAUUUGCAAGACAAGAAAGAAGGAAAAGAUCUCAGCAAAUAUGACAAUGAAAGACGACAGGGAAAUAUUAAGAUCAAAUUCAGAAAUUAUUAUCAUUACAUGCAUAACAAUAAGGACGAAAAUCCAAUUUAUAUUUUUGACUCCAAGUUUGGAGAGAGAGAUAGUAGACUCGUCGACGAGUAUGAGGUUCCACAAUUUUUCAAAGAGGAUUUCUUUGAGCAGUGUCUGGAUGCAGAGGAACGACCACUCUUCAGAUGGAUUGUGAUUGGUCCUGCAAGAAGUGGAACUCAAUUUCACAUGGAUCCAUAUUUGACAUCAGCAUGGAACGCAUUGAUUUGUGGAAGAAAACGAUGGCUCUUUUAUCCAUUAAAUCAUGUAAGCGAAGAUUUGGAAGAGGCCAUCGAAGAGAUGAAACACGCAGAACAAGAAAUGAUCAAAGAGAGAUUGAUGUUCGAGAAGCAAGUCAAAACUCAAUUACUUCAUGAAGGAAAAAUUGGCAAAAUUUAUGAGGAUGAGUUUGAAAUUAAGGACUCUAACAAACCUAUUCCUAGCUAUGUACCAUGCUCUGAACCUUUGGAAUGGCUCACCGAUGAGUACUAUACUGCAAUCAAUCAAGGAAGAAGACCUUGGGAAUGUAUUCAAUAUCCAGGUGAUCUCAUCUUUGUUCCAAGUGGAUGGUGGCAUAUGGUAUUGAAUUUAGAUGAUACCAUGGCAGUCACUCAAAACUUUUGUGACACUUCCAAUGUUCAUUUGGUCUAUGCCGACGUGAUUAAGAGAAAUCCAAGAAUGGCUAAACUAUUGAGAAGAGGUUUGGCACGAAUUGGUAAAAUUGAUCUCAUCAAGCCAUACAUUUCAGAGGAGGAAUAUCAAGAUGCCAUCACCAAAGCCCAUGAAAAGGAUCCCAUGAAGUAG